AUGGCAGCUGUAUUCGUACCACCUUCGCCUCGGUCUACACUUAAUAUGUCGACUCGCCGACCACUCGCCAACGUGCCGAAUGCUACCAAUUCCCCUCACAGAUCAGGCCUCGUGCCUGCCAAACGUCUACGUCCAACGAGCACUCAGAUUGACAUCCCUUACGGCCAGCCCCCUCCGAAGAAGCAGGUAGUGGACGGGCAGGAAGCGGACGCUCGAUCCCCAACCCGGACCAGGGCGUCCGUUUACCAGAACACCGACUCGAAACUGUUCCUGCGGCGGACAAAUAAUGCUCAGCCGAGUGCAUUCGAGAGGAAAUUGGUAGCUGCGAGAGAUAAGGAACGACAGGCACAAAUGAAAGGCACGAGGCACGAGAGGCCUUCUGCGGAGACCCUCGAUUCCAUAAGGCAGUGGCAGAGGCAUUACCGCAAAGCCUUUCCGCAGUUUGUUUUCUACUUUGAUAGUAUCCCGGAAGAUGUUCGCAGUAAAUGUUCCAGACAGGUGCUUGCGUUGGGAGCGCGUGAAGAAAAAUUCUUCUCGCGUCUAGUGACCCACGUCGUUACCUCUCGUCCCAUCCCUCCAGAGAAUGAUGCCUCGAACGCACCGCAAUAUAACGGAGAGGCGGCAGACCAAGCACCUGUGGACGGUACGCUGCAGACCGUCAAUCCUUCCUUGCUCGAAAAGAGCGCCGAUACACACCUUCAUAUGUCCUUAAAAAACGAUGCACGACGGGAACAAAAGGGCAUGGAUGUUCUGCACAGAGCUCGCCAAAUGAGCAUGAAGAUCUGGGCCAUAGAAAAGCUACAGCGGAUGAUCGCAGCCAUAAAUGAUAGUGAUGUCGGGGGUCAUGACAGCCACACUACUCGAAACAGCAAUGUCGCCGGUGGUCUUACAAGGGCUCGGGGCGAAAACGAUCUUUCACAAGUCCUUCAGAACGAGCUUUUAAAUGGCCCGUCUGAUCGCAACCCCCUUUCUGUGCUGAAGGAGCUGGUGAUGUUUAAGGGACCUUUCAUAUAUGUCCACGACAUGGACGAGAAAACGCGGCCCGUCAUGGUGCGAGAAUACCCCAGAGUCACAAAACGGCAGGAUGGCAUAUGGCCGCAGUUCCGAAGUGCACGACUAGGAAAAUGUCCAUUCAUUGAGGAGCCACCUACUAAAAAGGAACUUGAUCAGCGGCGUGCCCGUCAACGAGAAAGGGAAAGAAAGGCUCUUUCCAAGCCUGCUCCUGUGCAGGAAGUCCCAGAUGCUAAGCUUAAUGCACCAGAACCUGAUAGGAGGAUCAUCAAAUACGAUUCCGAGGACAAGACUCCUGAAUUGGACCAGCCCGAAGAGGUGCCCCUUGAAAAGCCAAUUGAAAUACAGGACUCGCAGUCGACGAAACAACUCUCGCCCAGGAAAAGCUCAGAGAGCUUCGUGCCCCCCCCACUCCAUCGGAAAGGGCCAUUUUUCCAUGGCCGUGAACCUGCUGCAUCAGGCGUACAGCCUUCCAAUAUCACAUCCGCCAUACGUUCCCAGAUGGUUUCUUCAACUGCUGCUGCACCUGGUGCCAAGGCUGGUGUGAGCAAGGAAGUCCAUGAAUUGAAGAGAAAGGUGCUUGAGAAGGGAAACGGCGGGCUUGCCGCUGGCACGAUACCUCAACCACAACACGCUGUAGACGGAGCUGCCUCGUUAAGGAUGAAGGCCCAGGAAAACCGUCUCGGCAAAAUGCGGCCUCCGGAAAAGGUUAUAAACGUUCCCGAAGACAUAACGAUAAAAUGGGAGGGCAACGGAGGCCUGAAGCGGCGUGCAAGUGAUCAAAAGACCAUCAUAAUCCCGAAAAAGAAAGAGAGAAGGAGAGACCCUAAGCCAGGCUACUGUGAGAACUGCAGGGACAAGUUCGAUGACUUUGAAGAGCACAUCGUGACCCGGAAGCAUCGCCGAUUUGCAACGAACCGGGCGAACUGGGCCGAACUGGACUCUUUACUAGUUCAGUUGGCGAGGCCCGUGAAAGAUGAAGCCUUGGGAUUAUAA